AUGGAUUUGCUUACUAGAUUGAAGAAGAGGGAACUGGAGAUGGAAACAGUAGCGUCAAUGAAGAGCACGAGCUUGAUAGGUGGAAACCUAACAGCACCAAGUCAUCCUUCAAAAUGGAAGUGCGACAGAAGUAACUGCCAAUGGAUAGGAUUUACUGAGAUCAAUGGUCUCUACAUUUAUGGCUCUGGUACUAUUAAUGCCCAGGGUACCAAAUGGUGGGGUUCCUCCAAUGUCAAUCACACUAGAAAGUUUUUACAGGGGUUCGUAAUAGCACAUUCCAACCAUGUGCAUAUAAGUGACCUAACCUUCAUAAACAGCCCUCAAAUGCAUAUGGCGUUGGAAAGGUCGACAUGGGUAUAUGUUUAUAAUCUCACCAUCACUGCCCCCGGCGAUAGCCCAAAUACUGAUGGCAUACACAUUGAACAUUCCACACACGUCUUCAUAAGCCAAACUCACAUUGGGACUGGUGAUGAUUGUAUUUCCAUCGGAGAUGGUUCAUUAUAUCUCAACAUUAGCAUGAUCACAUGUGGACCAGGUCAUGGCAUAAGUAUUGGAAGUUUAGGUAUAAAAGGGCCAUAUAAGACAGUAGAGAAUGUCUAUGUAAGCAAUGUGGAAUUCAGAGGAACUUCAAACGGAGCAAGAAUCAAGACAUGGCAGGGAGGGAGCGGAUUUGCUAGGAACAUUGUGUUUGAGCAUAUAAGAUCCAUUGGUUCAGUUCAACCCAUCAUCAUCGAUCAAUACUAUUGUGACCACACACAUUGCAAAAAUCAAAAAUCAGCCGUGCAAAUUAGCAAUAUCAGAUACAUCUAUAUUUACGGGACGUCGAAGGAAGAUACAAUGAUACACUUUGCAUGCAGUGAGACAGUUCCAUGCAAAGAUAUUAUGUGUGCCAUCCAGAAGCAACACUUGGUCAUGGAGCGAAUCCAUCGACUGCGGCAAAAAGCGAAUGACACUGUCGGCCAAGUCCAGAGUCUUCAAACCGAGCUCGGCCGAGCAAAGUCCUCACUUCAAAUCGCCAAUGCUGAUAACAACAGGUUGCUCGGCCAGCUUGACGAAGCCGAGAAGAAGAGGGAUGAGCUCUAG